AUGAGAGUCCGGAGGGCACCUCCAAUUACAACCGCAAAAGGUCUAGAACCGAGAGCCGAGGAAGAUAUCGUCAGUCCAUCCGAGGAUUUUGCACUGGUAGGGGGAUCGUCUUUCGACCUACGACACCUAGAUACCGUCAAGCAAGACCUCAUAGCAGCAGAGAUGACAACAAAUCGCCUGACGCCCUUAGUCUUAAUAACGGCUUUACUGGUGAUCCUCCUUGAGAUGGGGACAUGCGCAGCUACUGCUUCAGGGGCGGCCGCCGUGAAGGGUGAGGGAGAUCGCCGAUUAGGGGAAGGGACCAAGACUGCUGCUGACAAUGACCAAUUCACCUUGACGGAGUCGCUGCUGAUGAAUCUCCUGACGAUCCAAAGGCAGGUGCUUCACAAAGUAACAAGCGUCGCGUCAGAUACGAAGAACAUAACGAUGGUGCAAAUGGAGUACCUGGUGAAAACGAUCACCCAGCUGGAAUGGGAAUUGCAGAACGAGAGGAAUAAACUCCAGGAAUUCAAGGAUCAAGUGUAUCACCUUCAGCAUCAGGUCAACAACCUACAGAACCAGUUGGCAUUUGAAUUGAAUUUCAGCGAACCGGUAACAAGUACAACCAAACGUCCCCAACCUGUCAUCAUCAUCAAUAACAGCGAAUGUAGCCCUUAUUACGAAGCCGUUGGCGACAGCUGCCUAAAGUUUGUGUUCACCGAAGCCAAGACCUGGCAUGACGCAAGGAGGCAGUGUCAGUUAGACGGAGGAGACCUAGCAGCCAAAUACGAUCCUGACCUCGUGACCCUGAGGCUGCGAGGAGAGCCUGUCCAGAACAUCAUCGUCGGGGCGUCGAAUCUCUACGCCAACGGACACUGGUGGUGGCUGAAGACAGGGGCCGCCGUGAAGCCCGAGUACUUCGCCCCUGGGAAGCCAGGAGGAGAGGCAUGUGGGGCUCUGUCCCGACAGUUCGAUUAUCGCAUGGUGGAUGUCAACUGCGCAGCCAAACUGCCUUAUAUCUGCCAGAUCAUCCAAGAGAAUUUGUGGGUGAGAGAGUGAGGCUUUGAACCAAGAGGCUAUGGAUCUUCAUCUCAACUUGUAUGUUAAAUGAAAAUAAAAUAACUAAAUAAAUAAAGUGAUAAUAAUAAUAAUAAUAAUAACAAUAAUAAUAAUAAUAAUAAUAAUAAUAAUAAUAAUAAUAAUAAUAGUCAGUAACUGUCAUAAGGACUUCAUUUUAAUCGUAAAACGAAUAAAAACCUUGCAAAUAUUAAUAACAAUAAUAACAAAACACUAACCAAAGCUCACCUCCGUCAACAUUAUAUCCCAAAAUUCCACCAAGAAUUAUAAAAAUUUCUGCUUUAACUUUUAACAACAUAAUGAUCAGUGAGUUCUCUCUAAACAAUUAAAUUGGGAGGAAAAAUUAACCAGU